AAAACCAAGGCCUUAAAGUUAGAAAUCAGGAAUAAUUGUUCACUCCCGACGCAAGGCUCCUUCGGUAACAGUCGCUCAUUGAACCUCCCGAUAUGAAGCUGUUCCUGUUGUUGGCGAUCCUCGGUGCGGCCGCGGCGGCCGAACAGUCGUCAUGGUGGUGGUGGUGGCCCUUCCCCGAAACGGCAGACACGGAACCACACUGGGAUACCCUGAAAGUUGGAUGGGGGAUCAACCCACUGACGUCAUUCCAGACCCUUCCGCGCACGCGGAGUGAGGCUGUGAAGCAGGGAUGGACCAUGUACGGACGGACCACGUGUGCAGGAACCUACUGGCAGGGUCUCCGGAUGAUCUAUCAAGACGACCCAGCCGUGAUCCUGCUGUUCGACAAGAACGGGUUCAUCGCCGGCAUGCAGAUGGGAGUGAAGCAGAGCGACCUUCCCAAGGACAGGUCCGUCCCUGCGCGUGACGUCAUCCCACCAUGGGUGCAGGACAGGAAUAACGACAUGUGGCUCGUCACCACCUACUUCGUCAGACCAGAUACCAUCUGUACUGUGGGACGCACCGCGUCAGAGUUCGAGGCGAAGGGAACAGGGUCAGACUUGUACCUCCAGACCGGGGCCAGCCCGCGUACGGACUUCAUCAUCAUCCCCAAGUACGAGAAGGACCUGAAGGGAACGGACUGGACCCCGGGGAAGUGCUUCUGGACCAUGGGCAAGCACUACUUUAAGAACCUGCGGGAGAACAUGCGCUGUGAGGAGAUGUACCCGCUGUUCCCGAUGUACAACGACGGGAAGCUGAACGCCUUCGGGCUGCUGAUCGGGGCCAGCAUCACCAGCCCAACCUCUCGUUAUGAGGCACCCAUCGCCUCCAAGACGUUCUAUCAGCUGUUCAUGACUCCUGUACCCAAGUGUCUCCAGAGCUACACCGAGGAGAAGGGCAUGACCACCAUGCACGUCUUCCUGGAGAACGACCCGCGCACGAACAACUUCUGUUAAACACCAACACGUCA